UAAAAACGCUUUACCACAGUACCAUUUCAACUGAGGGCCGAAACGGUUUCGAACGCGCAUAACUUAAUAAAGGAAACAAUUAAACUUUGGCUUGUCUUUUUUUACGCGUAUCCGCGCUUUCGGUUUGCUAGUGAAAUGUUGGGCCUAGAUGGUAUGGGCACUCUGUGGCGCUUCCUGCUCACCGCCCUCCCAAGCGCUCCAAUUAUCGUAUUACUAUACGAGGGUAUGAAAGUCUAUCGGCCCGAUAUCGUUGACGAAGCGAACCGGCCGCGUGCUAUCAAUAUUUUGAAUCUACGUGACAGCUAUGAUUUUGUGAUUGUUGGCGGCGGUUCAGCAGGCUGUGUACUCGCAGCGCGUCUCUCAGAGGUGCACCAUUGGAGUGUGUUGCUGCUGGAAGCCGGUGGUGAGAAGCCCAUUCUAGCCGAAGCUCCGAUGCUAUUUCCUAUGUUUCAACGCAGCGAAUUUGAUUGGCAAUACCGCACGGAGCCAUCUGAUCGUUACUGCCUGGCAAUGGUAGGCAAAAGUUGUUUCUGGCCGCGUGGCAAAAUGUUAGGGGGCAGUGGCGGAAUAAAUGCAAUGCUGCAUAUACGCGGUAAUCGGCGCGAUUACGAUCACUGGGCGGAAUUGGGUAACAUCGGUUGGAAUUAUGAAAAUAUUUUACAUUAUUUCAGAAAAUUGGAGGAUAUGCGCGUGCCAGGCUUUGAAAACCAACACUUCUACCAUGGGUACGGCGGACCGGUUACAAUCGAGCACUUUAGGUCUCCCUCGCCGUUGUUAGAUGUUUUCAUGCAAUCGGCGGCUGAACUGCACGCUCUAAAUCCAUAUAACGACUUCAAUGGCCGCAGGCAAACCGGCUUCGCUGUACCACAUGCCACAAUUCGCGAUGGUUUGCGUUGCAGUCAGGAAAAAGCCUACCUACGCCCCGUGUGGCAACGCCCCAAUCUUGAUAUUGUGCUGCAAGCCUUUGUAAGUCACAUUGCUAUCGAUGAGCAAACGCAAGUGGCGCACGGCGUGCAUUUCGAACACCUGGGUUUCACGUAUAAGGUUGAGGCUAGACGGGAAGUCAUACUCUCCGCCGGCGCCAUUGCUAGCCCACAAUUGUUGAUGGUUUCGGGCAUAGGACCGCCGCAUCAACUAACUGAACAUGGCAUACCACUGAUACACCCCCUGCCGGGUGUGGGUAUCAAUCUGCAGGAUCACAUUUCGAGCGUUGGCUCACAAUACCGCAUCGACAAUACUGUAACUGGUCAACGGCUUUCGGUCGCCGUGACGGAGAUGUUGAAUGUGGAAUCAGUAGAUGCGUUUCUUCAUGAGGCGGAUGGAUUCUUCUACGGCAAUCCGUUGUGUGAGGUCAUGGGCUUCUUGAACACCAAAUACCAGGAUCCCAAACUCGAUUGGCCUGAUAUUCAAAUAUUCAUGGGCAGUUCUGGCUAUGGUGCAGAUGGUGGAUUGAUAGGCAGACGCGGUAGUGGAGUUACAUUUGCUAAUUAUGAAAAUGUUUUCGAACCAAUGAUUUACUCCGAUUCCUUCCUCCUGACCACAUUGUUGAUGCGUCCAAGAAGUCGCGGACGUCUCGAAUUAAAAUCAAGUGAUGCGCGAGUACACCCGCGCAUAUACGCCAACUAUUUCGAUGAUCCUUUGGAUAUGGCAGUACUGGUUGAGGGCCUUAAGCUGGCGCAUCGUUUAACCCAAACGCCCAUCAUGAGACGACUUAAUGCCACAUUGAACAUUUUCGAGUGGCGCAAUUGCCCUGAAGUGGAAUACUUGAGCGAUGCCUUCUGGGAGUGCAUAGCACGCUUCUACUCACAGACGAUCUACCAUCCGGUGGGUACUUGUAAAAUGGGUGUCCAUAGCGAUCCGUAUGCGGUGGUGGAUCCACGUUUACGUGUUUAUGGUGUGAAGGGUUUGCGAGUGAUCGAUGCCAGCAUUAUGCCAACAAUAGUAACGGGCAAUACGAAUGCGCCGGUCGUUAUGAUUGCCGAGAAGGGGGCAGAUAUGAUUAAGGAGGAUUGGUUGCGGUAUGGAGGCGGACGAUAAUAAGAGGAUUUUUUCAUUUUAAUUUUAAUUUAGAUUUAGCUAGUAACUUUUUGUACUUGUAGUUGUAAAGUGAUUGAAUGGAGAAUAAGAUUCAUUUUUUUUUUUCGAAUGGUUAAAUGUAGAUAAUUUUUUUGUAAUGAAUCUUUUAGUUUGGCAAAUUGAUAAGUAAAAUAAGAGGAAAGGAUUUUGGUGAUGAUGAUGAGUUUUGUCAUCGAGGUAUUUAAAAGAGGUAUUGAAAGCCAUUUAUAAAAAUGCAUAUUCGAAAUAAGAAAGAUAAUUUAGACCAGACCAAGAAAACCGUCGGAGGAUGCUUUUUUUAUUUUAAUAAAUUUUUCAUACAAAUUUAGUUCAUUCCACAACAAGUAUCAAAUAAAUGGAAGUUUACAACUUUGUAUAAUAUUAAUAAAAAUUCGACAA